AAGAGAAGAAAAAAAAGCAUGGGGAAAAUGAAGUUUUAUUUUGACGCAUGCGGUUUUUGGAGUGUUAUCGGUCUUCCCAACAUGGCUCCUCGAGAAGAAAAUGGCAGCGGAUGAGCCAGCAUUUGCUUCUAUUACAAUUACAAAAGCUAAUCAUCUCCGUUUUCUUCAUCUUCCCCAAACCCUCGCCGCAAAGGCCAAAUACCCUACCUCUGAUACAUACUUCCCAACUUCAACACACCACACAAUAAUAACGGAACGGAACCCCUUCCUCCGUCUACACCUUCUUUCCCUUUGAUCCCACACUCCUAUGCCCAAAAGGGUUAGCGCUAACAACAGAGAAGGAAAAUAAAAUUCGCGCCAACAUUGAGCGGAAUAAAUAGUGGUUUUUGAGGGUUUUCCCUCGGGAGUGAUUGGAAGUGCAACAGUAGGGACCUGUGCUGUUGUGUAAUAAGAAGAUUUAAUGGAAGAUUUGGGAGGUACCCAGUUCGACGGCCUCAGCAAUGCUGUGAGGAGGAAGAGGAGUCAGACUUCGCGCAGGCCUCGGCCUGAUUCACAGCAUGCUUCUGAAGGUCAGGAACUGUCUCCCUUGUCGUCGACGCCUUCGGAGGAUGCUGGCAAGGCCUCUAGUGAUGAGAAUGUUGGUUACGAUGCGAAUUCCAAGAGAAAGGAAUUCAAUCUUAACCAUUGUGUCUCUCAAACCUCCUCUGGUACUGGAGCUGAAGAAGAAAAAUCCCAUAAAAAGAGUAAAAAAGAUGGAGGGUUCCAUACAUUUUAUAGUAAUGAGCCUGUACGGAGCGGUUCAAAUAAUAAACGCUGUAGUGAAGGGGUUCUUGCUCCAGCAAAUUGGAAAGGUUCUAGCAAAACAAAGGAUAGCUUGGAUUCAGAGUUGAGAAAUGCAGAUUUGUAUGGUGGAAGGAAUCCUGAGAGCAUGAGUCUGGCACAGUUUGGUGGCUCUCAGGAUGGAUUGGGGAAUGAGAACCGAGUUAAAAAGGUUAAACUCAAGGUUGGCGGAGUGACACGUACUAUUCAAGCCAAUUCGGCAACCAAUGGUGCUUCGGGAAGUGGAACAACAAUGAAGUCUCGUUCAUCAGAUGCCUCCAGACCACGCCAAAAGCAACAGAGUAAUUCAGACGAUAAUAACUCUCCUUCGGAUAAGAGGAGUCGUCUACAAGGUGUUCCGUGGAAGGAUUUCUCGAGGGGUGGUUUUGGUCUUGGGAAGGAGGAAUCAUUGAUGGGGAAGAUUUCUGGAAAGAACACAACUAGUAAGCUGGGAGACAAGUCUGAACCAGUUCGUAAGAGCAAGCGAGUACCAAAGAGACGUGUACUUGAUGGGGAAUUUGGUGAUGACGAUGACGAGGAUGAUGAGAUUCGGUACUUGGAAAAGCUGAAAACGUCAAAAGUUUCUGCAGUCUAUAGAGAUGAAGAAGAAUUAAACAAGAAACAUCGAAAGCUAUCUAGUGUCUCUAAUUUGGAAAAUGCUGCCCCAAGGUCAGGCAAAGACGGUAAGAAAAGGUCUAGAUCUGAUAGAGUGUAUGAGGACACAGAUUAUGAGGAUGAAGACGAGUCAGGGUCUGAUGGUGAGCUUGAGGAUAAGAAAAAGAAAAAACAGAGGAAGGAAUCUGUUGAUGUAUUGAUGGACAGUAAGAGGGAAAUGACUCUUACGACUCGUCAACGGGCCCUUCAAUCAAGUAAAGAUGCCUCUGCAUCUAGUGCUAGUGUAAUUGAGUUUCCCAACGGAUUACCACCUGCCCCGCCUAGAAAACAAAAGGAGAAGCUUUCAGAGGUCGACCAGCAACUGAAGAAAGCUGAGGCUGCGCAGAGGCGUAGAAUGCAAGUUGAGAAGGCUGCCAGGGAAUCUGAGGCUGAAGCUAUCAGGAAAAUACUUGGUCAAGACUCCAGUAGGAAAAAGCGAGAAGAGAAAAUAAAGAAGCGCCAGGAAGAACUGGCACAGGAAAGGGCAGCCAAUGCACUAAUGCUUGCAUCAAAUACCAUCAGAUACACAAUGGGUCCGACUGGAACGUUUGUGACUUUUUCUGAGGAAAUGGGGCUUCCUAGCAUAUUGAACUCCAAACCUGUCAGUUAUCCCCCACCUCGUGAGAAGUGUGCUGGUCCAUCUUGUACAAAUCCUUAUAAGUAUCGGGAUUCAAAAUCAAAGCUUCCUCUUUGCAGUCUCCAAUGCUACAAGGCUGUCCAGGAGAAGGUGGUGGCUGAAACUACCUGUUGAUGUUGUCAAUGAUCCUCUAUCACUGGCUUCUUCCAGUUAUAUGGAACCAUCAAUGUUUUUAUCUUUCACAGAGGCUUUAGUUAAGCAACUGUGCGUUGAGCGGUUGGUAGAGAGCUCAUAUUGCGGAUUGUGUAUUUGCUUUAUUAUACUUUUUUUUUAAUGCUGGUAUAAGAGGUUUUGUGAUAACGGUGGUAUCCAGUUAAUUAGGAAUGGAUACAUAUACAGCAGAGACAAACCUUUCUGUUUAUUACCCUGGCUUUUAUAAUAGCAAUACUAGAUGAUUCAUUUUGCCAGAAACUUGCAAAAGGGAAAAUUAAAGGAACUUAUAUGAUUUGUGAUGAAUGCAUGGUUACUCCUUUUAAAAUAGUUAA